AUGGAUUCAGCGAGCUAUCUGCAGUCUUUCGGCUGGUCUCAUGGCCAGCCUCUCCAGAAAGGUGGUUUGAGAAAGCCCAUUCUUGUCAAGCAUAAGAAAGACACCAAGGGCCUCGGUCAUACAGCAGGAGACCAGGAAGCCUGGUGGGAGAGGAUGUUUGAUGGCCAGCUCAAGGGUCUUGAUGUCAGCACCAGUGGAUCUAGUAAAGACGGUGGCGUGACUUUCAAACAGAACGAGAUCAAAGUUUCUGCUGUCAGCCAAAAUGUAUCCCCCCUGUAUCGCAUGUUCGUCCGAGGUGGAGUGCUAGAGGGCAGUAUACCUCCAGAGGGUCUAUCGAGUUCCAGCAAAAAGAACCAGAAUUUAAAAGAUGAAAAGAAGGAGUCCGACAAAAGUAUUAAAGACAAAUCAAACAAAAAGAAGAGCAAAAGCAAGAGCAGCAGUGAUUCCAACAGCAACAGCAGUAGCAAGUCAAAGAGCAGUAAACGAAAGAGAGAUACUGAUAGCGACGACAGUGAAACACAAGAAAACGACAACAAAGCCAGCUAUGACGAUAAAAAGAAGUCCAGGAGAGACAGCAAGGACAGUAAAAAGAGCAAGUCGAGCAAAAGCAGCUCUGGUUCUAGCAUGCCAGCAUCCAAAACCAGCAAAUCUGACGGCAGCAGCAAAUCCAAAAAAGCUCGCAAGUCUAAACCCAGCUCGACAUCCUCGUCUUCAUCCCCCACACCCUCCCCCGAAGAAGACUGGAUGCGCCAGCUCAUCCGCACCCACGCCGACGCUCAAACGGUCUCUGCAUAG